AUGGAUAGAAAGCAAGAACAAGACAAGGGGAACUCAAACAUGUCUGGCAUUGAUGUCACUGUAAUAACUCCAAAAGUCCCAAAAGCAGUUUCACCUGUUUCUUCUGCAGCAGAGGGGGACACCUUAAGGCGGCCACGUGGACGGCCAGCCGGCUCAAAAAACAAGCCUAAACCACCAAUAAUUGUCACCAGAGAAAGUGCCAAUGCACUGAAGGCUCAUGCCAUGGAAGUGAGUUCAGGCUCUGAUGUGAAUGAAUGUUUAUUGAACUUUGCAAGGAGAAAGCAACGUGGCCUUUAUAUACUCAAUGGAACAGGCUGUGUAACAAAUGUAACACUGCGCCAACCAGGGUCAUCUGGUGCCAUUGUGACCCUUCAUGGUAGGUUUGAGAUUCUGUCCCUGCUGGGGUCAAUCCUUCCCCCACCAGCCCCUCCAGGGAUCACAGGCCUCACAAUUUACUUGGCAGGUGCUCAAGGGCAAGUUGUGGGAGGUGCUGUGGUUGGUGCUUUGAUUGCCUCAGGCCCUCUUGUAAUCAUGGCUGCAUCAUUCAUGCAUGCUACUUUCGAUCGUCUGCCUUUGGAAGAUGAUGAACUCUCUGCUGCAAUGCAGAAUCAGCAUUACCAAAAUGGACGCACCCACCAUCUUGACAUCUCUGACUUGUAUGCAAUGCCACAGAACCUGCUCAUGAAUGGUACAAUGCCCCAAGAGAUAUACUCUUGGGCACCAGGGCGGAACUUGUCAAAAACCUGA